CACCUGUUGAACAGGUUGUAAACUCUGCGCAUGCGCAACACUUUUCCCAAACAUGGACGAUCCGGAACUUUAACCUCCUGUGUAUACUUUCAAAUCAUUCCUUUAUAUUUAACUUUAAUACUAAAUGGAUUUAACACGACGACAGAGGACUCCUUCUGGGAUGUAUUUUGUUUUAUUGGUCAGCGUCGGCAUCGACUGAUGAGUCAAAAGAAGAAAAAGGACAAAGUUUGUGUUUUGUGGUCAGGCCCGGCGUCAUGUAUAACAGUGAGCGGUCCGGAGGAGAUAAACGCAGUACAGGGCGAGUCGGUAACGCUGUCCUGCCACUUCACCUCGACGCAUCGCCCGACCAGCCGAAUAUCCAUCGACUGGUCCUUCAGACCUCAGAGUGGUGGCCCUUCGCAAAUCUUCUUCCACUUCUACUCCAAGGUGUAUCCUCCAGAGGAAGGGCACUUCAAAGGGCGAGUGAAAUGGCACGGAGACCCGGCGCGAGGCGACGCAUCGAUCCGCCUCCUGAACGCAUCGCUGACCGACAACGGCACUUACAGCUGCGCCAUCCGCAACCCGCCCGACUUCCAAGGACUUCCCUCAAACACCGUCCUCACCGUCAGCCUCAAGAAAGGCACUAUGCACUUUUCGGACAUUGCUAUGCUGCUGUUCUUCAUCCUCCUGCCGUCGUUGCUGAUAGCGAUGCUGCUGUUCGCGAGAAUGCUCUGUCCGUGUUGCUCUCCACGUGUCAAGAGCUCGCACGUCCACCGCCAAUCGCCCAUAGAGGACGUGGACGAAAUGCUCACAUACAGUAAAGAGUGCACCUACCAUCAUCCCUCAUCAAAGCGGAAGCCUGCCAUGUGCUGCGAAAUGUAUAUGGAGGACUCGGAUGAAGAAUGCCGCAGAUAUAUCGAGAAGCAUCGGAUGCAGCUCGAGGCCGAGUCUCACUGUUAGAGCUUCCGGUAACGUGACGUUCGGGUGGAAAACCAGGCAAAGCAUCUCAGCACAGACACGUCUUCAUGAUCAUUUAGUUUCCUUCAAUUUUUUGUCUUUUCAUGCUAGCUUGUUGAUUUAAGCGCUACGUAUUUUCCCUUUUAUCCUCAGCAGCCUCGAUUCAAAAGGGUCUCUCCAAUUACACACAGACACCUAGCGUAAAACACAGUAACAAAGUUAGCAAAACAGUCUGGUGUCGCUAGUUCACUGGUAGCACUUUAGCCCUUCUUAGUUUGAGAUGGAAUUUGCAUUCAUUUUAGACUGAGAGACAAAUGCAAAUCUGGCGAUUUUUACUCUGCUUAGCCACGUUAGCAUCU